CCCUUGAUCAAGAUUUCAAUGUAUAGUUGGUGAAGAACACCGCCAAAGUCCACACAAUAGCAAUUGGUGGGUGUGUUAUUUAUUUGUCAGCUUUUGGAAUAUAAAAUUGCGUUAAGUAUAUUAUCAUUGAUUGAAACAUAGGCUUCUAUUCUUGUAUGUAAAAGCCAGUUCACAUCAACAACCCGUGAGCAUCAUAAUGCAACUCUUCUAAGUUGGGAUACAGUGAGGUGGAGUGGACAAAAGGAAUUACAACAACAAAAUAUAUAAAGCUGAAGCAGCUAGGGAAUCAGCAGCAACAUUGAGAGCUGCAAUCUACCUUAACCAGACAUCAUCUUCAACUGUUUUGGUAGCAGGAAUAUGCAUAUGGAGAUUUCAUCUUUACCUGAACAGGGGUUGAUAGAGGAUCCUAACUUCCUCCACCAGUGGCGCUUUGGCUCUAUUGAUCCCCCAAGCUUAACAGCUUCCGCUGCUUUUGGAGAGGCUUUGCAAAAACAUUCAUUCACUAAUAAUAGCCCAAACUUCAACCACAAAACUUCUACUGAUACACAAUAUGCUUCCUGCCAAAAUCUGAUUUCAUUUGCUGAUUCAAGUCAUCACAUGAAUCAAUUGGGACUAGUGAGGCCUAAAGAGGAGAUGGAGAGUCCUAAAAUUGAUAACACUGCUCUCGCAAACAUGUUGAUCUCUCAAGGAGCCUUCAUGAAUCAAAACUAUGCCUUCAAAGCUUGCCAGGAGGAUAAAAAGAUUGGGGCAUGUCAUAAACUUUCUCAACCUCAUCAUGAGCAUGUAAUUGCUGAAAGGAAGCGGCGAGAGAAGCUCAGCCAGAGGUUCAUUGCUCUGUCAGCUCUUGUUCCGGGCCUGAAAAAGAUGGACAAAGCUUCUGUUCUUGGAGAAGCUAUCAAGUACUUGAAGCAAAUGCAAGAAAAGGUGAGUGCUCUAGAGGAGGAGCAGAAGCGGAAGAAAACUGUGGAAUCUGUGGUGAUUCUGAAGAAAUCUCUAUGUAAUGAUGCUGAAGACACUUCUUCAGACAAUGGUGGUGAAUUUGAUGACACACUGCCUGAAAUUGAAGCACGAUUCUGUGAAAGAAAUGUCCUCAUAAGGCUGCACUGUCUGAAGAAUAAAGGAAUUAUAGAGAAAACAAUCAGUGAGAUUGAGAAGUUCCAUUUAAAAGUUAUCAAUAGCAGUGCCUUGACAUUUGGGAGCUUUGCCCUUGAUAUUACCAUUAUUGCUCAGAUGGAUAUGGGAUUUUGCAUGACAGGAAAGGAUCUUGUGAGAAACCUACGUUCAGCUCUAUCAUCUCUCAUGUGAAGUUGUUUGUUAUUUUGUUCACCAGUCCACUACCCCCAUUAUAUAGAAGAAUCAAUCAAUCUAUCUUCUCCAACAGAAGAAUAGGAGUACAAUCAAUCAAAUAAAGCAGUUCAAGUUGAAGUUUUUCAGUGAUAAUUCUGUUUGCAAUGCCUGUGAUGUCAGCCAUCUCAAUCAAGCAUGUUUGCUCUGAUCAAUGUUCAUUUUGCGGGAGGGUUUUUUCUUUUUGCAUGCUCAACUUGUUGACCAUGUUACUAUCACCUUGAUCCUUGAGUGAUACCCUCCUGUUUCUAGAAUGUGGAGCUUCUUAUAGGCUUUUUUUGGGCAGGAAUGAAAAGUUAAACUUUUCCAUAUCUUGCUUUUUAUUUUUGACAAACAGGCCUUUGUUGUUGAGUAACCUGCUACUUUCCAUGUGUUUUGCUUUGAAAAAAAGUGGUCAGGACUCUUGUACUUGUUUUUAUUUGGAGCAGUAUCUGCUUGUAAAAGUUUGGUUAACUGUUACUAAUAAUAGAAUCAUUUUGUACCUUCA